UUUUGCUGUUAAGACUGCGUGAGGAAGGAGGGAGAGCGGAGCUAGUAGAGCCGGGCGGUGCCCUCCGAGCGGAGUGAGUGACCUCUACCUCCGCGCGUCUCGCCGCCCGUUCGGACACCUGCACCGUCGCUCCCCGGAGGGAGCACACAUGCGCAGCUUGAAGCUGAUGGACAUUGGAUGGGCCAGAGGCAGGGAUGGUCGGCUAUGACCCCAAAGCAGAUGACAGGAGUAUCUCCAAGUUGGAGGUGGCAGCGGCCGGGUCUGUGUCUGGACUUGUCACUCGGGCGCUGAUCAGCCCCUUGGACGUCAUCAAGAUCCGUUUCCAGCUUCAGAUUGAGCGCCUGUCUCGCAGCGACCCCAACGCCAAGUACCAUGGGAUCCUGCAGGCCGGGAGACAGAUCCUGCGGGAGGAGGGCCCGACCGCCUUCUGGAAGGGACACAUUCCCGCCCAGCUCCUCUCCAUCGGCUACGGAGCUGUCCAAUUCCUGUCGUUUGAAAUGCUGACCGAGCUGGUGCACAGAGCCGGCGUGCACGAUGCCCGCGACUUCUCCGUGCACUUCGUGUGUGGCGGCCUGUCUGCCUGCAUGGCCACCCUCGCCGUGCACCCCGUGGACGUCCUGCGCACCCGCUUUGCAGCUCAGGGCGAGCCCAAGGUGUACAAAACCCUGCGGGCCGCCGUGGCCACCAUGUACAGGACCGAAGGCCCCUUGGUCUUCUACAAAGGCUUGAACCCCACCCUGAUCGCCAUCUUCCCCUACGCCGGCUUCCAGUUCUCCUUCUACAACUCCCUGAAGCGCGUGUACGAGUGGGCCGCGCCAGCCGAAGGAAAGAAAAACGGGAACCUCAAAAACCUGCUCUGUGGCAGUGGCGCUGGAGUCAUCAGCAAGACCCUCACGUAUCCCCUGGACCUCUUCAAGAAGCGGCUGCAGGUCGGAGGGUUCGAGCAGGCCCGAGCACACUUCGGCCAGGUGCGAAGCUACCAGGGCCUCCUGGACUGCGCCAGGCAGGUGCUGCGGGAGGAGGGCGUGCCGGGCUUCUUCAAGGGCCUGAGCCCCAGCCUGCUGAAGGCGGCCCUCGCCACCGGCCUCAUGUUCUUCUGGUACGAGCUCUUCUGUAGCCUCUUCCAGCGCGUGAAGAAGGCAGACAGCUAGCCAGCCUGGGGCCGGGCGGUGGCCCGCGGCCUCUCCCCGGAGCCACCUCCUGAAGUAAGACUCGAUCGGGGAUCUCUGCUGCACUGAGAGGCGCUCCUGGCCCCCCCUCCGGCCAGCUGUCCGAGCACGGAGCACCGGGAGGCCGCACCCUCCACCCACCAGCUCGGAUGCCACCAGGAGGGCAAGGGCGUUCUCCCUGCGGACA